AUGGAAAAUCAUCUGAAGCCUGGCGUGCACUAUAUCGUCAUCAAUGGACGAUAUUAUGUCGCGAAGGACCUCCACCCGGCCAACUUUGGCGAUCCGGUCGUCAAACCCGCGGCUGGUGACCCGAAGCCUCAGUCGGAAGGCCGAGUAGUCUUGGCCAACCUGAGACCUCGUGUUAGGGUGCCCAUCAUCCUCAAGAAGAACCCUGGCGCCCAUGUCGACGAAGGGUUCGACAAGCUCUACGACAGAACCAAUCUCUACAAGCCGUUGGGUCCAGGUCUUGCGCAGGAGGAUGAGGGACGGGUCGGAAAGGCUGGCCAAAGAUUAGACGUUGAUCAGCACUUCCAUCGUAACAAUCCUUACAGUAUCCCUUCACCUAUGCAUCGCUAUCCAGUUCUGCCCGAUCUCAAUGGCUGCGCGGAGAACGAAGUUGCUCCCGUGCCCGAUGGCCUCGAGCACCAGAAGCAUGCCCCUAUGGCCCCCAUGGCUCCUUGGCACCCCAAUAACCUCCAGGAGUCGGCUAUCCGCGAGCAUGAACGCGCCAUGGCCGCCAUCCACGACUACGUCAUUGCUGGGCAGCAGCCGCAGCAUCUCAACCCAUUCAACGACGCUUACCAGGCUCAGCAGCACGGUAACCAGCCUCAGGCCCAGGCACAGCAGCCUCCCGGACCAGCUGGCGAUCUCUAG